AUGUCAAUACGACCCUAUUCGCAACUUUCAGAUUUUAACAAAGACGAAAAAAAAUACGACUUGCUGAUUAUCGCUGGCAACGAACAAGAUAGAAAAACAUUCAAAGCUCAUAUUUCCAUUUUAUCUACAAGAUCAAUAUAUUUUCGUGCCGCGUUAUCAGAAACAUGGCUCAGAAGAAAGGAACAAUAUUACGUUUUUGAGAAGCCAAACGUUGCGCCAGAAUUGUUCAAAGUUAUUCUCGGGUAUUUGUAUACCCGGAACGUGAACAUCGACGGUUGGUCGGAGAUUGCUAUUCUCAAACUAUUAAUUGCGUCAGAUGAAUUGCUGUUAGAAGGACUCGUUGAAAUAAUACAGAAUAAUUUUAUAAAAUCAAAAGAAACAUUCAUUCUCAUGCAGCCUAUCCAAGUUCUAGACCUUGUCUUCAGACUCGAAUCAUGUAAAAAACUUACACUACUUUGCUUGAAAAUGUGCGCGGCAGACGCAAGAAAUAUAUUUCUUCACAAUCCUCAACCGUUGGAAGAAGAAAUGCUAAUUUCUCUUUUACGGCGUGACGAUCUCCUUAUAGAAGAAGUGGAAUUGUGGAAAUACGUCAUAAGAUGGGGGUUAGACAAACAUCCGCAGGUAGAUCGUGAUCCGACAAAAUGGUCGGCCGACAAUGUAAACCAAAUCAAAACAAGCAUAAAUGUCAUGAUCAACCUCAUUCGAUUUUUUUCAAUGUCACCGAAUGAAUAUCGUGAGGAAGUUAGACAGUAUUGGAGACUAUUGCCAAAGCGACUAAUAAAAGAAUUACAAAAUCAUAAUGUCCCACUCUACAACCAAAAGAAGAAGGCUGAAUCGAAGUCAUCUCCAUUUCUAAAACGACACAAUACCGUGUUUGUCUCGUGGCAAGGUUAUCCAGCAACUGAUUCAGAACUACGAAAAAUAUUCGAUGGGUUAGAUAUAAAAGUUAUCCGCCCGUGCCCAACGCAGUCGUCUGCCUACAUUGAUUUUAAUACAAUGGAUUCAAUGAUCAGAGCACUAGCAAAGGAUGGCAAGAACAUUGCAGGCUAUAUCCGAUUGCGCAUAAACGCUUCCCGUCUUACGUUCUCGAGUACAUUUACAAUUUAUAAAUAA